ACACCUUUAUGCAUGACAAACACAAUGGCGAAAGUCAUUUUCUUCUUCUGUGUAUUUUCUAAUAGGAUUAUGCCUUUCUCAUCCAAUGAUGCGUCAGUGCGAGGGUCUUCUGAUCUGCUGAGAGUUCAGAAGGGAGAAAACAUCAGUCUGAACUGCAGCAUGAGAAACAGAUAUGAAGUCGCCUGGUAUCGCCUCAGAUCUGGAGAACUGGAUCUACUGAUUGCAGCAGAGAAAGACAAAACGGGAAGAAAACUUCUGACGAACUACAAUAAAAACAGUACUUUGGUGAAAAUGACUGCGGACACAUGGGUCACCAGAGCCACACUAGAGAUUUCUAGAGUAACAGAGUCAGAUUCAGGUCUUUAUUUCUGUGGAACAAAGUCUGAUGCUCCAGAGAUGUUCUUCGACAAACCCAUCAGACUAGAGAUCGAGGGUCUCAUUGUAGUACAAGAGACAAAAGAAGUUGACAACACAGACGGGGUGACGCUGACGGAGCGUGUGCUGAUGUUUGGUGGUGUUGGUCUGGCUGUGGUUGUGUUUUUUCUGGCUACAGUCAUUGUGGGAGGAAUCAUUCACCAUCGCGGUUGGCAGAAGGGAUGGAUGGAGGGCAGAAAUCUCUAG